CAUGUGACCUCCGUCGUCCUCGUCGUGUCUGUCCGUCCAGUCUCUCUUUUUAGCACACAGAAAGGUUAGCAUUAACUGCGGUACAAUGUUGGGAGCUGUGUUCCGACUGUCAGCCACAGGGGCCCGGAGUCUGGUCCGGUCACGAGCCUGCUACUCAGCUCCACUGGCCUCCAGAGGUUAUUCCCAUGGCAAGGUGGAGACAGACGAAGAGUUCGAUGCCCGCUGGGUCACUUACUUCAGCAAGCCUGACAUAGAUGCUUGGGAAAUGAAGAAAGGCAUAAACACACUGAUUGGGUAUGACCUGGUACCUGAGCCCAAAAUCUUGGAUUCAGCACUGAGGGCCUGCCGAAGACUGAAUGACAUGGCCAGUGCCAUCCGUAUCCUUGAGGCUGUUAAGGACAAAGCGGGCCCCCACAAAGACAUCUACCCCUAUGUCAUCCAAGAGCUGAAACCUACCCUGUCAGAACUCGGCAUCUCAACACCAGAAGAGCUGGGCAUUGACAAGUUAUAGACUAUCAAGGUUAUUUGGUACAUCAAGAGAUGAGAGCUCCUGAUUCUCUCCUGUCAAAUAUGUCUAUAUUGUUGAUUAAAUCCAUGCAGUCCUAUUGUGUACAAAAUGGUGGACCUAUUAAAGAAAGCCAAUAAUUGA